UGUUUAAUUGGAAUGAGGUGUUCAAGGACCUUGACUUGACUAUAGGCAUUUCUUUCAAUAAUGUAUUCAUCUCUGCUGCAGCACACCGACCCCUGCCAAGCAAAAAUAACUACGAAACAACUCCUUCAGCUCAAGCCUUCACAGUACAAGCGUUCUCUGUAGUACCAAUUAAUGGCUGACAGGACAUCCAUUGAAGCCCCCUCCUCAAGAACUUGGAAGUACCAAGUGUUUUUGAGCUUUAGAGGUGAAGACACACGCAAGGGCUUCACAGGCCACCUCCACGCCGCAUUAUCUGAUGCCGGAAUCCGCGCCUUUCUUGACGACAACGAGCUAGAAAGAGCGGAAUUUAUAAAAAACCAACUGGAGCAGGCAAUCCACGGGUCCAUGAUCUCGAUAAUUGUCUUCUCAAAGCGGUAUGCCGAUUCCAGUUGGUGUCUUGAUGAGCUGGUGAAGAUCAUGGAGUGUAGAGAGAGAUUGGGGCAAAAGGUUAUUCCAUUGUUCUAUAAUGUUGAUCCUUCAGAUGUCCGGAAACAGACUGGUAGUUUUGCACAAGCAUUUGAGAAACAUGAAGCGGGCAUCUGUGAAGGUAAACAUGAGAAAGAAAAGGUACAGCGGUGGAGAAAUGCUCUCACUCAAGCUGCAAAUUUGUGUGGGGAAGAUCUUAAAAAUGCUGACAAUGGGCAUGAAGCAAAGUUUAUCAACAAAAUUAUUGGGGUGGUGGUUAAUAAGCAGUUGUACAGCAAAUACCGAUUAGACAUCAAACACCCUGUUGGAAUUACUUCUCGGGUGAGGGUUUUGAGUAAUUACUUAGAUAUUGAAAAUUCAGGUUCUAAGGAUGUUGUUCGCAUGAUCGGUAUUUGGGGGAUGGGCGGCAUUGGGAAAACAACGCUUGCCAAAGCCAUUUAUAACGAAUUUGAAGGUAGCUUUGAAGGUAGGAGUUUCCUUGAAAACGUGAGGGAAGUAAUUGCAAACCAACCAAUGGGUCUGGUUCGUUUGCAGAAACAACUUCUAAAUGAUAUCUUGAAAAGCAAGGGCCCCAAAAAGGUUGACUCUGUUCCUAAAGGGAUUGAGAUGAUAAGAAAAAGACUUCCCUGUAAAAGAGCACUUGUCAUAAUUGACGAUGCAGAUGAUCUACACCAACUAGAAGCAAUUGCUGGAGCUCGUGAUUGGUUUGGCCCUGGAAGUAGAAUUGUUAUAACAACAAGAAAUAAACAUUUGCUAGAGCAAGUUGGAGUGGAUAGCACAUGUAUCGCUGAAAAAAUGGAUGAGGAAGAAGCUCUAGAGUUCUUUAGUUGGCAUGCCUUCAAAAGAGGUUAUCCUAAUCAAGAAUACCUUGACCUCUCAAAACGUGUAAUUCGUUACUGUCAAGGCUUGCCACUAGCACUUCGAGUUGUUGGAUCUUUUCUGAUUAGAAGAUCCAUAGCGGAGUGGGAAAGCCAUUUGGAGAAAUUGCAAAGAAGCCCUGAUGGAGAUAUUCAAAAAAUACUCAGAAUAAGCUAUGACGGGCUACCUGACCAUACAACGAGAAAGAUAUUCCUUGAUAUAUCUUGUUUCUUUAUUGGAAUGGACAAGGACUAUGUUACACAAAUAUUAGAUGGAUGUAAAUUUUCUGCAGUGAUAGGAAUCAGUGUCCUCAGCGAACGGUGCCUUGUAACUGUUAGUGAGCAAAACAAGCUGAUGAUGCAUGAUUUGCUUCGAGACAUGGGAAGAGAGAUCAUUCGUAAAAAGGCCCACGGUCACCCUAAAAAAUUUAGUAGAUUGUGGAAAUGUGAAGACGUAACAGAUGUAUUGAGCAAUGAAUCUGGAACUGAAAAAAUUGAAGGAGUUGCUCUACAUUUGGAUUUGGAUGUAGAUUCGGAUCUAGAGUCAGAUGUAGAUUCGGAUCUAGAUUCAUAUCUAGAUUUGAACAGAUUCAGUGCACAAGCAUUUACCAAGAUGACAAAACUGAGGUUACUCCACCUCAUCGACGUAAAGCUCACUGGAGAGUACAAAGAUUUUCCCAAAAGUUUAAUAUGGUUGUGCUGGCGUUAUUUUCCUUUAGAGUCCAUACCAGAUGACUUUCCUGUGCAACCAAAUCUAGUUGCUUUAGACCUGCAGUGGAGCAAACUCAAAAUAGUUUGGAAGGAUUGCAAGUUGCAUCAGAAUUUGAAAAUCCUUAAUCUCAGUCAUUCCUAUCAGCUAACAAAAUCACCAGACUUUUCAAAACUCCCAAAUCUCAAGGAAUUGAUAUUGGAAGACUGUGAGAGUUUGUCUGAGGUUCACUCUUCCAUUGGGGAUCUUGGAAGACUUUCUUUGGUAGAUCUUAAAAGCUGCCGAAUGCUAAAGGAUCUCCCACUGAAUUUCUAUAAAUCCAAGUCUAUUAAAACUCUUAUACUUAAUGGUUGUUCAAGUUUUGGAAAGUUGGCUGAGGGCUUAGGGGACAUGGUAUCAUUGACAACUCUGAAAGCAGAUGUGACAGCCAUAAGACAAAUACCAUCUUCCAUAUUAAAAUUGAAGAAACUGAAAGCUUUAUCUUUAUGUUAUGUGAAAGGGUCGCCAUCAACAAAUCUUUUGCCUCCUUCAUUGCAUAGUUUAAGCUCUUUAAGAGAAUUAGCUCUUGCACGCAAUGACUUUUGCAGCCUACCAAGCCUCAGUCGUCUUUCACAGCUUCAAGAUUUGUCUUUACAUAACUGCAUAAAUCUUCGUGCAAUCCCAGAUUUACCAACCAGAUUUUUGAAAGUCUUAAAAGCGUCUGGCUGCAUUGCAUUGGAAAAAAUGCCAGAUUUUUCAGAGAUGUCAAAUAUAAGAGAAUUGUAUCUAAGUGAUUCAUGCAAACUCACUGAGAUUCCAGGCCUGUAUGUACGUGAUUCUGUCAAACUCACUGAGGUUCCAGGCCUGUACAAGUCAUUAAACUUCAUGACAAGGAUUCAUAUGGAAAAGUGCACUAAUCUCACUGCCGAUUUUAGGAAGAACAUCCUACAGGGACAGUUAUCAAAUGACGAGCUCAAAUUGCAAGAUGGCGAUAAAGUCUUGAUUGAAAUAAUAAUAGACAAAUGGGUGGAGGUGAAGAAAACAGGUGUUAGUCUGGUAUGGGACAAAUUUAUGAACGAAAAUAUGAUUGAUUACCAUCUUUGUGCGUAUGAACGACGCCCAUCUCAAAAUCUGGUCAAUGAUGAUGACAUCAUUCAUGUUGAAGAUGAUCAUGACAUGACAAAAUCACCAGACUUUUCAAAAUUCCCAAAUCUCGAAAAGUUGAUAUUGAAAGGUUGUGACAACUUGUUUAAGGUUCACUCAUCCAUCGGGGAUCUUGGAAGACUUUCUUUGGUAAAUCUUGAAGGCUGCAUAGUGCUAUGUGAACUCCCACUGAAUUUCUAUAAAUCCAAGUCUAUUGAAACUCUUAUACUGAAUGGUUGUUCAUGGUUUGAAGACUUGACUGAUGGUUUAGGGGACAUGGCAUCAUUGACAAUUUUGGAAGCAGAUGACACGCUCAUCAGACAAAUUCCAUCUUCCAUAGUAAAAUUGAAGAAGUUGAGAAUUUUAUCUCUAUAUGGCUGCUGGUUAACUGAGGAUGCAAUCCCUAAGGAUCUAUGUAGCCUAAUUUCCUUAGAACAUCUGCUUCUUGGAGACAAUGACUUUUCUAGCCUACCAAGUCUCGCUGGUCUUUCAAAGCUCAAGGUCUUGUGUUUAAAUGCAUGCACAGAACUUCGUGCAAUCCCAGAUUUACCAAUCAAUUUGUAUGUUCUGAAAGCAAAUGACUGCCCAGAAUUGGAAACAAUUCCAGAUUUUUCAAAAAUGUGGAAUAUGAGAGAAUUGUAUCUACGUGAUUCGGUCAAACUCACUGAGGUUCCAGGCUUGGAUAAGUCAUUAAACUCCAUGACAAGGAUUCAUAUGGAAGGCUGCGAAUGUAUUGCUUCUGGUGUGCAGAGAUGGACUUCUUGCGGAUUUGGUGGAAUUUAUUUGAAUGGAAUUUAUGAUAUUCCUGAGUGGUUCAAAAUCGUCAAUCAUGUGGACAAUAUUGUCUUCUUUGAAGUUCCUCAAAGAAUCAUGGGUCGUGAUUUAAAAGGGUUGACUAUAUGCAUAGUUUACUCUUCUUUUGUUUUUGGCCGAGAACUUGAAGGUCCUAUUGGCAUUAUCGUUAGAAAUCUUACCAAAAAAACUGCUUUGCACACCAAGAUAGCAUUUGCCAGAAAGGGAAGACCAGAACCCCAUUCGUUUUUGUCAAACGAACCUGAAAACGAUUAUCUUUGGCAGGGACAAUUGUCAAACGAUGUGCUCCAUUUGCAAGGCGGGGACCAAGUCUCCAUUCUUGUAAGGCCUCUAGUUGAUUUUGCGAGAGUGAAGAAGACAGGGGUUCAUCUAGAAUGGGACAAAGUCAUGAAGGAAAAUAUGGAUAAUCCAGAUCCUCAUUUGUAUGCUUUGGAAACAAAUCAAGAUUUUUUGGAAGUGAGUGCUAUAGAUGAAGAAUCAGCAGUGGAAGCCAAUCCUCUCGGCCAUGGCGAUCUAUGUACUCGUUUGUCAUUGUCUAUCAUGGAAAAUCUGGAUUUUUCUGGAGGAGCUGAUGAUGGGGCAGGACGGAGCCAUGGUGCAUCUAAUCAAUCGAGUGCUGUAGAUAAACAAUUAGAAUGGGACGAAGUCAUGAAGGAUAUGGAUCAUCCGGAUCCUCACUUGUAUGAUUUGGAAACAAAUCGGGAUUUUGCAGGGGGAGUUGAUGAUGCAUUUGUUCCCAAUCAAACUAGUGUUAUACAUGAACAAGGGGCCUCCAUGAACAAUUAGCAGUGGAACCAUAUGUGGAUUUUUUUGGGGGAACUGAUAAUGAGGCAGGACGGAGCCAUGACGCACGACCGGAUGAUGAAGCAGGACGGAGCCAUGACGCAUUUGUUCGGACUAAUCAAUUGAGUGAUGUGGAUGAACAAUUAGCAUUGGAGUUGAUGACUCCAUUUCAAGAAAUUGUACCAUAUUGAGCAAGCCAUCAAUGUUGAUGGAGGAAGAAGAAGCCAUGAUGAAGCAGAGAGAAAUUGCAAUCUU